GUUUCUACAGGUGUAGGUAUAAAAAUCCGUCGCCUCUGGUCCUUAUGACAAUUGGUGGGUCAUUUUUGUUUCUCACAACUCAAGCAGACGAACAGAGAGCAGCUGCUUUUAAAGAAAGGGUGUUAGAACCUCAUUUUUCAAGUUCAACCAUGACGUGUGUACCUGUCUUCGUGCUGUUCUUGGUGACAACAACUGGAUUCGCAUCACCGCAGAACAGUGCAUCCCCCGUCACCUACAGAGUCACAUUUUCCUCGCGCAUGAGGCCAGGUAUGACGUUACCUGUCAGUGUGCACCUGCUCCCAGAUGGCGACUCGGCGGAAGUGUUUGUGACACUUCGCAACAUCAAAAGUAAAGCAGUGAAAGCGUCAGCAUCGUCUCUUCGUGUAUAUGGAGGAGGCAAUCCACAAGUCAUCAAUAUGAUAAUUCCAAGAAAACUAGACGACGAGGGGGAUGAUCCAAAAUCUGCCUACGAAGUCCGAGUGAAGGCGAUUGGCGACGUUAAUUUUGAUGAAGUUGCGCAGAUGACUUUAGAAGAAAAAAGCUUCUCUAUCUUCAUACAGACAGAUAAAGCUAUUUACAAACCUGGACAAACAGUCAUGAUGAGAAUACUGGCUAUGAACCCCGACCUGUCAGUACUGAAGGCCCCCAUGGAUGUAUUCAUUAAGGAUCCAAAAGACAACCUUGUUCGUCAGUGGAAACAAGUGAAAGAGGAUAGAACGGGUGUUGUUGAACUGAGCAUGCCAACGUCCACUUACCCCAUUCUGGGAAACUGGACUAUUCAAGCCCGAAUAUUGGACCUUAAUGAAACACAGAUUUUCACGAUAGAUAAAUAUGUCUUGCCGAAGUUUGAAGCAAGUGUACAUGUACCAAAAAAGGUCCUAAUCACGAAUGAGAUAAAAGGAACGGCAAGUGCCAAGUACACUUUUGGCAAACCUUUGACAGAGGCUGACGUAAGCGUUGUAGUGCGACUUCAGACCACAACCUCUGCUCCCAACAUCUCAUCCACCGGCAAGCUUGAUUCUAAGGGAGAGUUCGCCUUUUCGUUUACCAACGCCCAGCUCUUGGCAUUGUCCAGUCAAACGUUCAACUGGCAAUCUCUAGAGAGUAAAGAGGCGGAGGUGAUAGUCUUAGUGACAGAAGAGUCAACCGGACAUCACAUGGCACGACAGCGACUGUUGCAUUUGAGAAAUAUAAGCUAA